CAACCAAAGAAAGAAGAAGAAGAGAGGAAGAAGCUAAGCUACAAUGAGCUGUGGUGUAUGAGAAAGGGGCCCCACCACCCAUGUGCCCUCCUCCUGUCUCCACCAGCUCCUGCCGCUCAAUCAUUAGUCUCUCUGUUCCCCUCCCUCCCAAAACCCUCUCUCUUUCUCUCUCUCUCUCUCUCUCUCUCCAAGCAAGUCUUCUCUUUCUCUCUCUAGAAGAACUCUUCUGUGUGUCUGUAACACCAACAGCUCAUCGCAGCCAUAACACUCACUCUACUCUCUAUUAUUUAUUUAUUUUUAGUUUACUGUGGGUGUUGUCUCUUUCUCUAUCUAGGUCUAGGGAAGACUAAGACCCAUGUCUAAUUCAGAUGGAGCAAACAACGGCGUUACAAACGGCGCCAUAAUAGACCCGCAGAGGCAGCAGCAGCCGCCUGGGAACGGAGCGCUGGUUGUCAAGAAGGCGCCGUCGAAGGACCGUCACAGUAAGGUGGACGGCAGGGGACGGCGUAUCCGCAUGCCGAUCAUAUGCGCGGCCCGUGUCUUCCAGCUGACUCGGGAGCUCGGCCACAAGUCAGACGGCCAGACCAUCGAGUGGCUCCUCCGCCAAGCUGAGCCGUCCAUCAUAGCAGCCACGGGAACGGGCACCACCCCGGCCAGCUUCUCCACCGUCUCGGUCUCCUUACGCGGAGGCGGCGGCGGCUCCGCCUCGCUCACUUCGUCCUCAACGUCCUCCUCGCUCUCCCACUCUCUGGACCACAAGCCCUUGCUGGGCCCCACGCCCUUCAUCUUGGGGAAGCGCAUGCGAGCCGACGACGACGGCGAUGGCAAGGACGACGGCUCCGGAGGCGUCUCCGUGGGCCACACCAUGGGCUCGCUGGGGCCCACCGCCCCGGGAUUCUGGGCGGUGCCGGCCAGACCGGACCUCUGGAGCUUCGCUGCUGCCGCUGCCGCCGCGGGGCCGCCGCCGGAGUUGGUGGUGCAGGCGCAGGCCGCGUCGCACCACCAGCAGUCGUUGUUCCUCACUCACCAUCAUCAUCAUCAGCAGCAGCCCAUGGGCGAGGCCUCGGCGGCCAGAGUGGGAAAUUACCUUCCAGGGCAUCUGAAUUUGCUGGCUUCCUUGUCGGGCGGACCGGGGAGUUCGGGUCGGAGAGAGGACGAUCCUCGCUGAUAAUUCCGCUCUCUUUUGGUGCUAGUAGUGGUGGUGGUGGUGGUGGUGGUGUUUUUAAUUUGGUAUAUAAGAAUAUCUGUAUGUUUAUUGCCUUUUCUUUUUGUGUGUGGUGGGGUGUGUGCCCAAGGAAGAGGAUUUUUAGUGAAUUUGUUAGGGUUAGGGCUUUUAGUUUUGAGUGGAGGAAUUAGGGUUUGUGGGGCUUUGGGGAUUCAAUUAGGGGGAUUCACUACUUUCUUUGAAGAUUAAUUAGGAUUUUAGGGUUCAAAUUUGUUUAGGUUCUGGGGGGGUUUUCUUGUUGGAGGAGAGAGGGAGUGAAGAAUUCGGGUUUGUGCUUGACAAUUCACCGUGGAAAUUGCGAGGGUCUUUCUGGAAUUGGGUGGAUAUGCAAGUCCAGACUCCAGGCCAAUAAUUGUAUAAUUUCGGGCAUUUCAUGACAAACUUGGGAUUGCUGUUUGCUAGUUUGUCACCACUUGAGUAAUGGCAUUUACAAGACUGCUGCGUACAAGUUUGGUCGGUGCAUUGCUCAAUUGAAGUAUGCAGUUAAGCUGAUGCGCCAAUUCAGUUCUCUCCAAGUUUGUUGGAAUGGUGAAUGAGAAAACCAGUCUCUUUGCUUGAGUUUGGUCGGAGGUUGAUUCUUGCUCUCUCUCUUUGGCUUUCAUGCUCUAUGUUCGUUGUAAUGGUCUCGAUGGCUACUGGGUGUGUGAAAGAUGCUCUAUUUCCUCUCUGUAAGACCUCAGCGUUCCAGAAUUUUAUCAGUAUUCUUAGCCAUUUCUUAGAUUUAUCAGCGUGAAAAAUAAUGUGUUCAUCAUCUCCUGUAUGUAAGUGGAUUGUUUUUGGGUGCCUAUGGUGUGAAUAAAAAAACCCAUCUGUUUCUCUCA